AUGACUUCUGAUGAUGUUGCUUUCCAGAUUGCUGAGGAUUUCUGGGGUCAUACAGGAACUACAAGUAGUGAAUGCAUCUGUACAGGCAUGCCUUUCAGGGAUUUAACUCGAGGUCUGCAUACCACGGUUUUGCCCUUUGUAUUAAUCGAAAUGAGAACAACGCAUCAUCAGUAUCCCAGCAGGAGCUGUGGACUGGCUGCAGUGUGCACCUUCGCUGUUGGCUAUAUUUUAUGGGUGUGCUGGAUUCACCACGUUACGGGAGUGUGGGUGUACCCGCUUCUUGAGCACCUCAGCCCAGGUGUCAAAAUAAUCUUUUUUGCAGCUGUUACUGUAGUAAUUAACAUAUUCUACUUGGUGGGAGAGGUCUUGAACAACUACAUCUGGGAUACCCAAAAAUGUAUUGAAGAAGGAAAAGAAAAGCCAAAACUGGACUGAACAACAGAGGUGACAUGGAAUAUUGUUUAUGGCUCCAUGGAAGAUUUCUCAUCCCCGACAGAGGCUGGCAUGGAGAGGAACCUUUUGGAAAGGAGGAAGUUUAAUGACCCCUCUGCUCAGUGCAGGGAUAUUUUGGGGAUUUAUAUGGGGAGAAAAUGAUUUUAGCUAAGAGUAAUGGUAAUGUUUCAAUCUCCAUUCCUAGUUCUCCAUGCUUGCAUGUGAUGUACACAUAUAAGAUGUAUUUUAUCUCCACAGCAUUCUCAACGUGCAUUUCUUGCAUCAAAUAAGUCAUUAAAUCAUUAAGGCAAUAAAUCUUCUCAUUUCCAAUAAGAAGAACAAUGGGUCCAUAAUCUGUACUGUUUGAGAAAAGCUUAACCAGAUAGGUCUAAUAUGGGGAAACAAAACAAUCGUAUAUCUUUCAAAGUACAGUGUAAAAAUACAGUAGAAGUUAAUUGCAUGAAUGUAUCCGAAGAAGAAUUCAAUCUGACCGAAAUAUUAAUGAACACAAUGUAACAGCUGCCUUAAAUCAGUGAUGUUAAUAAUUUU